AUGGCCUAUACAGUUGAAAGCAUCAGUCUCCGAUUAUUGACUAUAAAUAAUUUUAAAGGUUCACCAAUGGUGCAAGUCGACUUAUAUGUAUCACUUCUGGAUGAAAUUCUCGGUAACAGGAAUAAAAAUUUUUAUGAUAUUUUUGAUGUCUUUGUGCGUAAUACGGUCAGCGGUAAAGUCAACGUGGUUGUGGCUCGUAUGACAAUAAGCAAGCUUAUCUCUAAAUUGAGACGAAUUUCUGAUGUACUGGCCAUAGAUUUAUGCCAGAUAACGCUUGAAAGACUUCCGAGAAACUAUCUAUUUGACGAGCAUAUAGCUGAUGUAAUUCAGCUUAACGCAAGUAUUGUGGAACGACACGGUUUUGCCAAAGAAGCUGCCGUAACUUUGGCAACUUUGCCCUUCGACAAAGCCAGUUCGUAUAACACUGUCCCGUUUAGAUUUGACAUGUAUGUCAAAAUUGCUAGUCUAUUUUUGGAAGCUGAUGACGUAGGCCAAGCUGAAGUUUAUAUAAAGCGCGCUGCUAAGUUAGAAUCGAAAAUAACUGCACUACAAUCAACGAUAUCGUACAGAAUGUAUUACGCGCGUAUCUUGGAACGCAGACAUAAGUUUGUCGAAGCUGCUGAAUACUACAAAGACUUAUCCUCUAUAACACAUGUUUCUCUGCCUGUAUUGCAAAGAGCUAUCGUUUGCACUAUCUUAUCACCGGUUUGUCAGGAACGCUCGAUGCUAUUGGCUCAAUUACAUCAGGACAACCGUAUCAAAAAUUUGUUAGCUCAUGAUAUAAUAGAAAAAAUGCAUCUUAAAAUUGUAGUGAAACGUCCGGAAUUGCAAGAAUUUGAAACUUUAUUGCAAGAACAUCAUAAGGCUAUUAUGACAGAUGGUAUAUCAGUUUUCGAUCGUGCCAUUAUCGAACAUAACGUAAUGGCCUGUGAUAAGAUAUGCGAUAUAAUAUCAUUUGAAGCUUUGGCUGCUAUCUCGGAAACGCCCACUGAUGUCACGGAACUCGUUGCAUCCAAAAUGAUAGCUGAGGGACGCUUAGAGGGCCAUAUCGGAGAAUGA